ACAGUACAUGUACAUGUAUGUGUCACAUGCGCAUAUACGCACAGUCAGACUUACUAACUUACAGUGCAGAGUGGUGACGCGUAAAUGACCCGGCUACGUUGUGAAUUUCUUNAACUGUGUCUGUUGUGUUUUCUCGUGGUACUGCGUACAUAUGUUGUAGUUUUCUCACAGGGUAGAUGAACAGCAAUAACCAGCCACCGUGGCGUCGAAAAUGAGCUUUCUGUUCGGCGGAAGGUCGACAAAGACCUUCAAGCCAAAGAAGAACAUUCCAGAGGGGACGCACCAGUAUGAGUUGAUGAAGCACGCUGAGGCUACCUUGGGCAGUGGCAACCUGAGGCUGGCCGUGGUCUUGCCGGACGGGGAGGAUCAGAACGAGUGGGUGGCUGUCAACACUGUGGACUUUUUCAAUCAAAUCAACAUGCUGUACGGCACCAUCACAGAGUUCUGCACGUCUGAAUCAUGCCCCGUCAUGUCGGCAGGCCCAAAGUAUGAAUAUCACUGGGCGGACGGGCAGACGGUCAAGAAGCCUAUAAAAUGCUCAGCGCCCAAGUACAUUGACUAUCUCAUGACGUGGGUACAAGACCAGCUGGAUGAUGAGAUGAUAUUCCCCUCAAAGAUUGGUGUGAGUUUCCCCAAGAAUUUCUCCACCAUCGCCAAAACGAUACUGAAGCGGCUGUUUCGGGUGUAUGCCCAUGUCUACCAUGAACACUUCUCGGAGAUCGUCAAGCUGGGGGAAGAGGCUCACCUCAACACCUCCUUCAAGCACUUCAUCUACUUUGUCCAGGAAUUCAACCUGAUCGAGUCCAAAGAGUUGGCGCCCCUCCAGGACCUCAUCUCGUUAUUCAACGGCAAACCUUAACCCACAAUUAUUUUUUUUUUUAUCAAAUGUACUUUUAAAAAAAAAUGGUACAAAAGACUUAUUUUCUUGGAUAUGGACAGAUAAAAAUAAACAUACUGGUUCCCUGCCAUAAUACUCUUGUGACAUGUAAUGUUAGGACAGGUAACCAACUCUGGCAAAAAUGAAGUAGUGCAUAGUGUCGAGAUGCCUGUCUGUUUUUAGACAGUCUGUCUUUUUUUUUAUGUCGGGCAAAUGCUAUGAGAAGAAGUGGUAAUCAUUAUGCAAAAAACAUUAAGACAAAUUGGAGAAAUCAGUAAGAAUUGCAAGGCAUGUGGGUAAAUCAGAUUAGGAGGAUGAUUUACAUGUGCCAGUUAUUUUCAAAAAUUAACCAGAGUAUCCCAAAGUUAGCAGAAAUGCUUUCUGAAGAUUCUGGACAAACGUGGCCGUGUCUGGAAAACGGGAGGAGUGUGCAGCUUCGGGCCGCGUUAUUUCCAGAUUGGAUACUAAAAGAUUAACCAAACACUGCUCUUUCCACUGAAGGUGUGAUUUCCACAAGAAAUUGUAAGCGCACAAGUUGGGUCCAGAUGCAGGAUUGCCUCCCACGAAUAUUGCCUUUUGUGUUCAAGAAGCUUUUUCACCACAAGUUGGUCCGCAUGUUAAAAGAAAAGCAUUGAUCUUGUGUCACAUUUUAGAGGUAAGAGGUUACUUUUGAGCAGGUGCUGAAAGUCCAGAGUGAAUCAAAUGCUUCAGUGAAAUUCUCUGCAGACUAGCGACAGCUUGGCAUCAUUACUCGCGCUCUGCCUCGCACUCAUCAAAUGAGUUCCUGACAUUGAGUUCUCAGUACGUAAAUUGGUCCUAACUUCUCUGUAACUGUGUAUAUUUAUUUCAAUCUGUUGAAAGACUAAGUCAUUGCCGUGCUUAGUCUACAAGCAAUGUGUACUUUACAAAUAAUUGAUUUUUAUAAGUGCAGUGGUAGGAAUUAUUUCAUAUGUCGACAGAUGAAUAUUUUCGUCUUGUUGUUGAAUGAAAUUAUUCUUGCCAUUGCACAGAUGUGGCACGUUCAUUAUUGGUUUUUACACAAUGCCAGAACAGAUAAAGAAAAGAAUAUCGCUGCCGUAAUAGAUCCUCGCAUCACCUUAAUGUUCAGAAGUUGUUAUGACCAUGGAUCCAGGGUCACCAUGUCCUGUUUUUGUGAUGCAGCUGUGCUGUGCAUUUGAACAAAUAAUUCAGUGACAUGAGACUGGCGCUCUACCAAUCAGAUGAUAGGGAUUUAUUCAGGCAUUGUGUAAAAAAGCGUCAGGGCACUUGAAGAACUUGAACCACAUGUACACUCAGAGGUUUGUGAACGCUUCAAGUGUAGACAUGUUUGAAAGUUGUGUUCAAAGCUGUAAACAUAUUUUUUGUUUCAUUUUGUGUAAACAUUUCUAGUGGUUGUCUGGCUUGUCUUAUUUAAAUGCUAAUGUUUGUAGGGCUGCUGUUGUCUGCUCGCCGCGUCUAUAGUUUGUUUUUGGCACUCCCUGUCUCAGCAACCAACUAUUUUUUACGUCAGUUCCGGCGUGAAAACCGAAGUGUUUUCAAGUGAAAAUGCAAUCAUCAAGUGCCUUGAGAGGAAGAAAAAUCAAACUGUCGCGCCAAAUUGUCGCUAGAACCCAGAAAUGUGUGUGUGUGUGUGUGUGAUAAAUUGCUAGAGGAAAUUUGAUCUUGGUAAACUUAGCUUGUCCAUUUUUGUAAAAUCUCCCUUUUUUGCGGCGUUGUACAGCAGUCCUUUUUAAUGGCCACGACCAUUUUGUUUUCCCUAGACAUGUGCUUUUUAUAUUUCGAAAAAGUCCGGUGUUACAAAAAUUUUUGCUUGCUUAUAAUGCUACUGCCAAAACUUUUCCAAUUUCUUUGCAAACUCAGACUGACUUUUUCUCCUGAAUGCCUCGUUUUAACUGUCUGUAGGUUGUUAAAAGCUCGUUGAUUAGUAAGUGGAGACUAAAGUAGAGGGAUGGAUGUUAACAAUCACUGUAAAAAUAUUAAAUUAUUUAUUGAAGUAUUUUCACAACUAUUGGGUGGCAAUCAAAACAGGAAUCCUUGUCCACACUAUCAUGUACAUAGCAAAAAGUUGAACUUGGUUUGUUGAUAAGGACCUAGUGGCAGUGAUAUCCAGUACAGCGCACCGCCCAAUGUUUGUUCCAAAGAAGUUACUUGUUAGCUUCUUGGUCAGCUACCCAGUGUUGGAGUUGAGACCAUCAUAAGACCAGUCACAAGGAACAUGGUGCACGGUGAGAAAGGAAUGCUUUUGUUCCACUUCACUUGAAAAGUUUGUGGCUUCUGAUGGUCUCGUGGGGUCUCAUGAUGGAGGUAAGAAGUCUCAACCACAACACUGUAAUUUAUCCAGAUUUUGCUGAUUAUAGUACAGUAUUUUGCUGAAAAAUAAAAUAAACUCCGACAGUUCUCACAGAAUGAAAUACCAUAACUUCAGUGGCACCUGUACAGGCAUGCUUAAACUGUAAAGUCCUUGUCUGGUGCAAAAUGAAUGCCGUUCCACUGUGUGAGCAAAUGAAUAACUAUUUCCCAUAAUGCACUGCAUAGGAGAUGCCCUAGUGGUGAGGUGAUGACACGUUGUUUUGAAUCACUCCUUUGUAUUUAAAGUAGGAUUGAAAGUAUAUUCUUGUGAUAAUUGGAAGGUGAAGGAGGGGUUGAAGGAGCUUGCUCAACUGUGUUGAUAUACGUCUUUGGCGGUGUUGAUAGAGGAGGCAAGAGCCUGACCUUUCUGGUGUUCUCUGGUUAGAAACAAAACUUGACCAAACCCUUUUUGGAAAUCUUGGAUUCAGUGGCGACGUGGCUCUGGCGCCAUUUCGUAAAGCCACAAGCAUUUUUGAACAGAAUGAAGUGGGCUGUGGCUUCUGCUCCAGGUAUCAAGCUGUGAAUUACACACAGCCGCAAGAUGGGGAGUUUAUUUCUGAGCCAGAGCCUUCAGUGAUAGCUAAACAGCUUCAAUUCUUGAAGCCUGGAGUCUAAGCCAAGUUUCCGUUGCCUGAAGUUUUGAUAUGACACUGUCAAAAUAUAACUACAUGUAUUGUUCCUGUAUUGGUUUAGAGAGUCAAACAGGUUGACUCUGAGGGACUUGUUAGACCUCAGAGUGGUAAUGCAACUCAUCUUAAACAAUUCGGGCUAAACUAUGUGCGAAGUGCAGUAAGAAUCUGUAUAUAGUCCUAUGAAAUAGUUUUUAUGUGGGAUGGGGAUAGUUAUGAGGCAACCCUUGAGGGUAUAUUGCCUAUUCUUUCGUCACUAGUAUGAAUGUGUCUUCGGUGGUUACUCAAGGCAAAAUUCUCUGCCCAUGUCAAGUACCUGUAUAUACAGCCUUUUUUUGUUUUUGAUGUACACAGGGAUCAACAUUUUCGAUUCACACAAUCUUACUGGUGUUCUUGUCUCAAGCAAAGCCCCCCCCCCAUCAGCUAAGAGUUGAGCCACAGGUGUAUUUAAACACAACUUGAACUGGUUUAAACUGAUGUACGUACAUUUGAAGCCGAGCGUUCUCCAAAACAAGGGUCUGCGAAAUUGGAAUUGCUACGUCUUGGCUUUUCCACUGGUACGCUUCAGUGAGCUUUGCGCUCCAAAUAUUUACCCCAGCAGUCUGCAAUAUUCAAAAACAUAACGAAUUGAAGACUGCUGCACUGGUGCAUCUCCUUGUGAUUAAAACUGACCUCCCAAACCUCCGCGAUUUAAUACUCCCAGAAGAUUCCAAUUAAGGGCGGGGGGGUCCUUUUAAUGGGAUAGAUUACAGACCCGUAAAUAAACUUUUUGUUGGUUCGGUGUUUUCCCCCGAUAUACUAUCUUGCUUGUAAGUUUUUGCUUUUUUUAUAGUUUCAUAUGUGACGUCGAAUACCAUUUCUACUUUUUCCUUGAGUAUUCAUGCGGAGGUGUGGCAGAGUGUGAUGAAUUAAUUAGAUUUUAUGAAACAUGUCAUGUAUAUAGUUCGCUAGAGAUUUUAUCAAGGUUAUAGUAGUGCUUGGCUUGUCCAGAAUUUACACGUUUGUUUCGUGUUGGAUACCAUGUACAUGUACGUAUUUAUUUUUCGGGAGUCAAUUAAUUUUGGGGCAGUAAUUGUGCAGGGUACUUACAAAGAGUAAGUUAACUUUCAAAUGUGUAGUCGGCAGCAUCAGAUGCUUGGACGACAUUGAAAAAGGGUUGUAAAGGAUGCUGCAUACUUUGAAACAGAGAGUUGCAAGUUUUCAAAAUCUGCAGUGCAGAUGUUGACUUGAACGAGUUCUUUAGCGUCUGGAUAUCUCACCUUGUUAGUUUUGAUUACAGAUUAUGAUCAUUAAAAAAAAAUGGAAAUAUUGUCCUUGAUGGCUUACUUAAAGCA